CUAAAAAAGACUUCUACAAGUAUAAACUGGGCAAACAGCACCAGAGUCGGGUGUUCUCCCGCAAAUAUUCGCCGCUUAGUCAAGAGUUGCUAGAGUUCCCAUAUUGUCCCUGGCUAGACUACCCAUUCUUGCUUCUCAUUUCAUUUUUCUUUCCCUCUUGUCUUCCUUCUCCGCCGCACUGGUGGCCGGAGAAGACAAUGAGUUUGUGAGAACCAUGGACAGGAAGCUAUAUGGUCUCAAGAAAGAAAAGCUAAGCCAUUUCCGCUUGUAUUGGCAUGACACCGUCACAGGCUCUAACACUAGCCCCGUCCUAGUCGUACCGCCGGAUAACACAUCAACUACAGUCUUCGGGAUGAUAAGGAUGAUCGAUAACGCUUUAACGUUAGGGCCAGAAAUGAGCUCCAAGUUGGUGGGAAGAGCACAAGUGUUUUAUGCACAAGCGUCACAGCAAGAGAUCGGCUUGUUAAUGGCCAUGAAUUUUGCUUUAAUUCAAGGCAAGUAUAAUGGCAGUAGUAUCACCGUGCUUGGGCGGAAUACGGUGUUUUCGAAGGUGAGAGAGAUGCCGGUGAUCGGAGGAAGUGGGCUUUUCCGGUUGGCUAGUGGUUAUGUUCAGGCCAGAACACACACGUUUAAUCUAGCUACAGGAGAUGCUAUCGUUGAGUACAACAUCUAUGUGUUGCAUUAUUGAUGCUUUUGUCUUCUUCCACUUGGUUUUUUCCACUAAUUUUGAUGAUUAUUUCUA